UGUCGCGCCGGUAUUAGCCGUGUCGCGGCACCACAGCGGAAGAGGGUCGGGAAAGUUGAUCUUCUCAGUGCCUCCGCGAAAGAAAGUGGAGCUCCGCACUUUCCGACGUGCCGAGUGCAGUCGAUCGGGCAUAAGUGGAGAACAACACACGAAAUCCUGCAAUAUAUAUAGGCUAGAUAUAGCAAUAUAUGUAUACAACGGACAGAAUCGGCGGGUGCGAGUGCUGAAACAUCAUUCAAUAGCCGCUUUAGAAUUCCUCUUGGAGGUUGAAUUUGUACAUAGAGAGAGAAGUAUGCGCGCAGAAGACGACGGGCGCCGUUUACGCGUCGCGAACGCGCGGACGACCUGUGUUUGCCGCAGGAGGAAUGGCACCGAGCUCAUUUCAUAACUUCUCACUUUUUCCAGUGGAAUCCCAUUAGAUUUUUGCAAAAGGCGAGGGCGCGUCCGCACUGCCUUCUCUUUGGCUCUUAAUAAUAUAAUUAACGGAUUUGCUGUCCAAGCAAGUCAUAUGGCUUAAAAUGCGCUGCCCUCAGCCGCUUCUUCUUCGGGACUGACGGAAAGAUUGAGUCGUCGCUCAGUGUCCAGCUGCUUCCCUUCUUGCAAAGUUGGCGCCUGUCAAGACCUUUGGCUGGGGCAACGUCAAAACCGGAGGAAUUUGGAGGACAGCGCCGAGUGACAGAAACGUGGAGAGCCAGACAGACAGAGCGAAAGAAAGUAGCCCAUUUGGAGAGAGAAAUCAUGCGCUGAAGAGCGUGCGCGCGACAGGAGGAUGUUACCGCUCAUGAUACUUCGCUUCCAGUAACUGUUUUCUCGGAACCUGGAAUUAAAACCGUUCUUUCCCUUCUCCGCACAGUCGUGAAGUUUCCCCCCUAAACUGUGGAUUAUUUAGAGGCAGUACUAGUGCGCCAGUACCGGACAGCAAACGCCGAAGACAUGAUGCGGGGAUAUUUUGACGAUCAAGAAGAAGAAGUCACUGGAAUCGUACCAGGGGCUGUGGGGCUUUGAGGGAAAUUAUAACACAUUUUUUUUUUUCUUCGGAGGGAACGAUUUGAAGAGGCCGGGGCUUCACUGUUUUCCCGAAUCCUGCUUAGGAGUUUGUGUUGGAUUUAUCAUGAUGCUCAUGAGAUUUUUCAGCUUCUUGUUUCUGUUUGAUAAAGUUAUUAGUUCCUUGGCCAGCUCUUCGGCCUUGACUACAUCAGGGGCCCAUAGCCCGAGGACCCAAGUGGACUGCUUGAAGGCUAGUGACAUGUGCAACCAGAACCCCCAGUGCAGCUCACGUUACCGCAUUAUGCGUCAGUGCCUGGUGGGUAAGGAUAGGAAUACCAUGCUGGCCAACAAGGAGUGCCAAGUGGCACUGGAGGUGCUGCAGGAGAGCCCCUUGUAUGACUGCCGCUGCAAACGUGGUAUGAAGAAGGAACUGCAGUGCUUGCAGAGCUACUGGAGCAUUCACAUGGGCCUGACUGAAGGAGAACAGUUUUAUGAAACAUCCCCAUACGAACCAGUGACAAUUCUCCAUUCUGAUGUUUUUCGACUGGCAUCGAUUAUAGGAAUGGACCCUGCCACAGCUAAGGCAAACCAGUGCUCAGAUCAGGGCAAACCCUGCAACUCUUGUCUGGAUGCAGCCAAGGCCUGCAACCUGAAUGACACCUGCAAGAAGCAGCGCUCCCACUACAUCUCCACCUGCAACAAGGAUACAGCUGUACAGACGGGACAGCGCUCAGAGCCAUGCAACCGCAAGCGCUGCCACAAGGCCCUGCGCCUAUUCUUCGACCGCGUGCAGACCGAGUACACCUAUAGGAUGCUCUUCUGCCCAUGCCGGGACACGGCCUGUGCUGAGAGGCGGCGGCAGACCAUUGUGCCCUCCUGCGCCUUUGAGGAGAAGGUCAAGCCAAACUGCCUGGAGCUAAGGAAGACCUGCCGCUCAGACCCUCUAUGCAGGUCCAGACUGGCUGACUUCCACAUGAACUGUCAGACAACUCCACACUCCAUUACCAACUGUCCCAAUGAAAACUACCAGGCCUGCCUAACCUCCUACGUAGGGCUCAUCGGGUCUGACAUGACACUCAACUAUGUGGAUGCCAGCUACACAAAUAUCACCAUCUCACCAUGGUGCACGUGCCGGAGCAGUGGGAACCAGGAGGAGGAGUGUGAGAAGUUCCUCAGUGACUUCAGAGAGAACACCUGCUUAAGGAACGCCAUUUAUGCCUUUGGCUAUGGACCAGACUCGGGCCCCUUUGCCAAGCCUGUUGCAGUGACACCUUCGCUGAGGCCUGAUGUGGAGCCGGUGAGCCUGUCUGAACCCUCGGUCAACCAAAACGACAUCAAAGACGAUGCUUGUGUUUUCUCCACCUGUGCUAACCUGAAGGAAAAUGGACCAAAGUGUAACCUGUCCAAUGACUACUUAUGUAAAGACGAGCCAAAGCUAAUUAGCAUGGAGAGAACCACAAAGAAAGAAGUUGAGGAGGAAGGGCAAUCGACUGGCGCCAGUAUCAGUGCCAGAGCAGUGGUAGUCUGCCUGUCCUACGCGCUGGUCAGGCUGGCUCUAUAAGGCCCAGCGCGGCCCCCUCACUGACCAAGAUGCCGAGGAAAAGCGUGUAAACAAAUCCCUACACAAGGACCUUCAAGAUUCCACUCUCUUUCUCUGCAGUAUUUCUUUCUUUUAGACAAUGAAAACGGUCUGUAAAUCAAAGGAAGCGUUCAAAGUAUGCUGGACUGAUGCCUUGAUGCAGCAGAGAGAGAGCAAGAUGGCGGCAGACUAUGAUGGCUCCAGAUUCCAGUGCUGGGAAGGAAUGACUCUUAAAACAUGGCUCUGCACUUGGCCUGCUUCCAGAGAGUAACUGGUAGACCAGUUCCAAACUCCAGAAUGGGGAGCAAUGGUUCAAGUUCCUUAGUGCAAUGGCUCCUGAGCCAAAGGCAAUGGGAAUAUCUUUGCCUCUUGCUUCUUUGCAGAAGGUGGCUCCAUACCCACCCCUCACAAAACUGUCCUGGACUCUUUCCCUUGCUUUAGUUAGUGAUUGACGCUCCACAACUAUUUUCUUUUCAGCAGCUGAUUAUUAUUCAUUCAUAUUUUUGCUGAUGAAAUUCAGGACAGUCACUUUCUUUUCAUUGUUUAAGUAUAAAACAUUAUGUGAUUUAAAAGUAUGGAGUCUUGUAGACACACUCCCUGCAGGUCUUUUAUGCCAGUUCUGUAUUUUGUCGAAAGGAAAAAAUACUUAAAAGGAAAAAGUACAGGUGUAAACUCAGCAUUUUCACCAGAAAUAUGUGCUUGUUGGAAGUAGCUUGGAGGUCAUCCUCCUGCCCUCAAUGUGUAUAAUUUGUCUGUGAGUAUAGAUUCAAAGUGUUUCCCUUCGGCUGUUCUAAUGUAACUUCAUAUGUACUAAAAUAGAAGAAAAUACAUCUGCAGAAAGAAAGGAAUAUGGCAAGAAGGCUGGAGGAGUGCAGUGUGAACAACAGAACGGAACAAAGACUGCAUACUCUCCAGCCUUUGGGAACACUUUGUGCCACGAACCCUAGUCUUAAACUGUCCUCAUGCGUAGUUGUUGUCCGUCUAUUCGGGCUCUGGUCAUACUGAAAGACAAAAGUUCACCUGGUGUCUAAGCCAAGCUUUGUUUGCUUAGAAAGUCAAUUUCCUGGUGUAUAUUACAGUGUGCAAUCUAUUGCGUGGCCUUAUUCUUUGUUUUUUUUUUUUCCUUCUUUUGCUUUUUUCCUUUCAAUUAUUCUUUCUCCAAUGUGAUGGUAUCACAUCCCCUGCUGUUUUAAUGAACUGAAGAGAGGCAAAAAUUACUUUCAGUACUGAGGAUGCCAUGUUUCAGAAACACAUUCUGGUCCUCUAUCAAAAAAACAAAAUGCUCUGAGAUUAACUCAUUUCUAGUAACAUUCCAACACUGGAGUAGAAGAAAAGAGAAAUAUCAUUUGAGAAAGUUGUCAUUUGUAAAAAUGAGUCUUCUUAGGCAGCAAAUGAUGCCUCAGUUCUGUCACAUUAUACACUGCAAAGUGAAUAUGACCGUGUUAUGGGAAAACUGUUGCACCAGUGGAGUGUGAAAACGUGUAGGAAAAACUUGGCUCUUUAUAUAUCUACGAUUUUCUGAGUUUUCACAGUACUGUAUGUAAUCCUGGUAAAUGAAUAACAAGCAAUGCUGACACUAACGUGCUGAUGAUCUGACAUAUAUUCUAGAAUGAUAACAACAACAUUGUUUGAACCAUGCCCUUUGCUUUGCUAGCUCGCUCACUAGCAUGGUAACAGAACAUUUAUGAAACAUUAUUUUAAGAAAAGAUUUUAACCAGAUAAGAAAAACAAGAAAAAAGAAAAACAUUUUGGCUUCUCCAGAGCCCUGAUAUCUGCCUAUGUGUAACAUAAAUAGACAUUUAUUGGUAGUAUUGCAUAAACAUGGACAUUUAAUCCCAGUCUCCAGACCUUCUCCUGUUAAGGCAGUAAACCAUAUUUAUGUUAAGUGGUUGCAGCUGGCCUUCAGGUAUAAUUUACAAAUGAGAAAAGUGUUUCACAGUACAAGGUGGAGUAUCAAAAUCUCUUAUUUACCAGAACAAUGCUAAUAGGUGGUGUCUUAAAGAGUACUUUAUUAUAUUCAUUCACCCAAUUAGUAAUGCAUGCCAUGAUUUCAUUAUAUAAUGUAUAAUAUUUCUUUAUUACUUUUCAAGGCAUCUGGGAUUAUAAACACAUACAGUAUUUCAGAACUGUAGCGCCAUAUUCCUCCUUAGUCACUUAUUUCCGGUUUAUUUGGAAAAAAAAAAAUGGGAAGUUAAACUAAAUAAGGACUACAUGUCUACACUUCACAUACUGUGCACUUCAUAGCAGAGUAGGCACAGUCUCAGGGUAAGAUGAAAGUGCUUAUUAAUCACUGCUCGCAGUUACAUAAGCACCUGAUUUCAUUUCCCACUGAACCAGUCAUUUCUGUGUACUCUGUGCUGUCUACAAACUGAAAUUAUUUUGACCACUGUGGAACAGGUGUGAGACAGGUCGAACCAAGCUAAGGCUAACACAAACUCCAGGGGAGUCUUGGAAGAUCUGACUGACCUGUAUACACUAAUUGAAAUUGAACGUAUUACUUAAACUGAGACUCACUUUUGAAUCGCUUUUUACUCCACUGAAGUAAGGCAUGAGAAAGUCAGUGAAUCAAAUAUGUCACUUUACUCCUGACUUCUUGUUUCCAGUAUUUCUGAAUGACUUGCUCAUUCGCUCUGGUGCACAGUUAUCGAAUACGGAACUUUUUUUCAGAAUACAGCAGAUCUCAAAACAAAAUUACAUUCAGGCAUUGUAAAGUCCGUCUGACAGCAUGACAGGGUCACUGCCUUUGUACAAGAAUGGCCAGCAGAAUGCAAAAAAUGUGCAAGACACUUAAAUUAUUACUUAAUUGUUAUUAAAAAUGUGGUGAAUUCAACUAAAUGAAUUUGAUAAAAUAAUAAAAAUCUUGUCUAGAGAUGUU